AUGGAGCGCCUGCAGAGGGAGCUGUGUGAACUGCAGAGACAACAGAGCCUCUUCCUGUCCCAACGCAGCAUCCGCAAGAGCAGCGAGGAAGAGGAGGCCCCUGGAAAAGGUUCAGGGGAGAUCCCAGGACCAGGUGACCCUAGAGAGGCCUCAGGAGAGGCCCCAGAUGAGGCCCCACUGGAGGCCCUAAGACCAGGAGAGGUCCCAGUUGAGACCCCACUAGAGUUGCCAGGAGAGGCCCCAGUUGAGGCCCCAGGACCAGGACAGGCCUCAGAAGAGGCCCAAGGAGAGGACCCUGGACCAGAAGAGGUCCCAGUUGAGGCCCCACCAGAGUCGCCAGGAGAGGCCCCAGUUGAGGCCCCAGGACCAGGACAGGCCUCAGAAGAGGCCCAAGGAGAGGACCCUGGACCAGUAGAGGCCAUUGGAGAGUCCCCAUUAGAGGCUGAAGAAUCCCUGGAUCACACCAUCGAUGAGGAGGAGGCGAACGUAUCCUGUGCGUGA